AUGAGUGGUAUUCAGUAUGCCGGUCCUAAAAUAAGCGAUAAAACGGACGCCAUUCCUAAACUAAUCGGUAUUCUGGAUGCUAGUCCUAGAAUAAGCGAUAAUUCGGAGGCUAGUCCUAAAAUAAGCGUAUGCACGGAGCCGAAAAAGGUCGGUCCAUGCAAAGGUGCUAUACCAAGAUAUUAUUACAACUCCUCAACGGAGACAUGUAAAGACUUCCUUUGGGGAGGAUGCAAAUCAAACGGCAACAACUUUGGAACGCUAAUGGACUGCGAGGACACAUGCAUCACGUGCAGGCUGCCGAAGAAGAAGGGGCGGUGCCGAGGGCGCUUUCCCCGUUGGUAUUUUAAUGCCGCCAGAAACCAGUGCCGUAGAUUCUUCUACGGGGGCUGCGGGCGCAACGCCAACAACUUCCGGACAAAAUAUGCCUGCAUGAGGGUGUGUGUGGCGUAA